GCGGCUAGCGGAGAAGAAAAGCAAGUCAUAACCUUAAUUUUCCUCGUGUUGUGAAGUGCGAGUAAACAACUUUGAGCCUCAAUCAGUUUUUAUGUGCUUGCAAUGUCGAAAGGAAUGAGAAAAGGAAACACGCUUUCCUAUAAAGGCAGCAAUUUCCUCAAGCAGCGCUUGGUAUUGUCGGUUUUAAGUGGAAAGCCUGUGAACAUCACUGAUAUUCGAGCAAUUAAUGAUGAGCCCGGUCUGCACGAGUUUGAGGUGAGUUUGGUGCGACUCUUCGACAAAAUCACCAAUGGGACCGUUGUGGAGCUAAACGAGACCGGGACAGCCCUGUAUUUCCAGCCAGGCCUUCUUUGGGGAGGCACAAUUGAGCAUGACUGUUCUCUUGAACGUGGCAUUGGAUACUAUCUGGAAGCCCUCUGCAUGCUGGGGUUCUUCUGCAAGCAGCCGUUGAAUAUCACCCUGCGGGGCAUAACAAAUAACAACAUUGACCCUUCAGUGGAUCUCUUGAGCACCUCCCUUAUGCAAACCAUGAAAAGAUUUGUUCUGGAUGACGAAGGAUUAAGCAUAAAGAUCAGCAAAAGAGGCAUACAGCCCUUAGGGGGCGGGGAGGUGAUUUUUAAGUGCCCCAUUAGGACGAAGUUAAGGCCACUUCAGCUCCUUGAUUGGGGAAUGGUGAAACGAGUGCGAGGAACUUCCUAUGCCUUAAGAGUGUCCCCUGCUAUGGCAAACCGCAUGGUGGAAAAGGCGAAAGGAGUGCUGCUGAAUUUUUUGCCCGACGUGUUCAUUAGUACAGAUCAACGCAAAGGCAAACAAUCGGGAAACAGUCCGGGGUUUGGCAUUCAUUUAUAUGCGGAAACCACAAAGGGAGUAAUCUAUUCAUCGGAGCAAAUUUCAAACGAUUUAUCUAGUGGAGGCGAGCCAUCGAUACCCGAGGAUUUGGGAACAGCAGCAGCUCAAAGGCUACUAUAUGAAAUUUACCUAGGAGGAGUCGCGGACUCCUCCAGCCAAGCCUUAGCUAUUUUAAACAUGGCGCUAGGGCCGAAAGACGUCUCAAAAAUCAUCCUGGGGCCCCUCAGUGACUACUCAAUAGGGUUUCUAAGGAAUCUACGCGAUUUCUUUGGUGUUACCUUCAAGCUGGAGCCAUUUGAGAGUGAGGAGGACCGCGAGGGAACCGGUUCUCAAAAAGUCUUGUUAACUUGCGUGGGAAUUGGAUACAGUAAUAUAAAUAAAAGGGCCAUAUAGAUAUUGGU